AUGAACUCGCUACUUGAAGAAGCGCUGCUGGCAACACAGCAUAUUCAGCAUGGUGCAAUAUUGCGGAUAAAGGAUGGAGCUAUCAAGGGCCGGUCGCCUCAGUUCUCGAUGUCACCAUCAGACCUCAGCCUAAUUCAGCAUGCGUUUGAAAAGCCAGGCGAGGCACGGACAAUGGACACGGGCCUGACGCUCGGGGAGGAGGAGUACCACAUCAUCCGCGCAGAUCGAAUGGCCGUCUAUGGAAAACACAAGAGCAACGGCAUCAUUAUAUGUCGGACGCACCAAUUUUACAUUUUGGGAACGUAUGAAAAUGGGAUGCAUGCAAGUAUUGCUGUUGAGGCUGUGGAGAAGUUGGGUAUGUCUCGCGCCGCUUUUUCUGGGGCGACGGGCAUCGAGGGGUUUGUGUGUUUAUCAGUGUCUGGCUUUCUCUACGUUAGCGGACUAUUUACGGAAGAAGAACAAGUGAUAUCUAUACCCCUCGAGAGAUCAUGUCAUAUAUGGAAAGCUGCGGGACAGCUUUCGACAUUCCCAUUUGGAUGCUUGCUUGCUGCCAGUGACACCCCUCCACCUCCUCGUCAUACCAGGAUUCCCAUGAUGUAUGAAAUCGACAUGAAUUGCGCUAUACCCCCAAUGAACAUGCUCCUCAAGCGCUCUGAACACUAA